UUGUCCUUCGUCUUCACUUCACAGGCUUCCAUCCAACUCACCAAAAGCAGAAGCAGCGCGAGGGUUUUCGCAUAGGGUUUUAGCAAAAUCCCAAACAAACACUCACAAAAUUACAGAACUUUACAGUUCCGGCCAUGAGAAAAUCUCCAAUCUCACUGUUCUCUCAUCUCACUCGUCAAAGACUUAAAUCCUCUACUCCCCUUCUUUCCAGAAAUUACAUUUCUGACCGCACCUCCUCCUCAUCUUCUUCGCCGCUGGUCUCACCGACCCGUUUCAGGCCCUGCACCGAAACCCAUGGCUUAUUCUUCAAAAGCAGUCAAUUCCAAGCAAACCUAUCUCGAAAUAUGAACACCCUUGUUGAAAGAUCACCUCAAGUGUCCUCAAGGCAGAGAAAGUCCAUGGAAAAAUCUGAGCUUGAAGAGGCUUUCGAGUCUGCAAAGACUUCUGAAGAAAUGCUUAAGGCUUUCAAGAACAUGGAGUCAGCUUUUGAUGAGAGAGAGCUUGGUUUGGCUUCUUUAAAAGUUGGCCUCAAACUUGACCAAGAAGGUGAGGACCCUGAAAAGACUCUGUCUUUUGCUACCAGAGCCUUGAAAGCUUUGGAUAGAGAUGAUAAACCUUCUUUGCCUGUUGCCAUGGCUUUACAAUUAUUGGGUUCUGCCAAUUAUAGCUUAAAAAGGUUUAGUGAUAGUUUGGGGUACCUUAACAUGGCUAAUAGAGCAUUGGGUAGAUUAGAGGAGGAGGGUUUUGAUGUUCGGGAUAUUAGGCCUGUGCUUCAUGCUGUACAGCUCGAGCUGGCAAAUGUAAAGACGGCAAUGGGGAGGAGAGAGGAGGCUCUUGGGAAUCUUAGGAAGUGUUUGGAAAUUAAGGAGUUGAUGCUGGAGAAAGAUAGUACAGAACUUGGCAAGGCGAACCGGGAUUUGGCGGAGGCAUAUGUCGCUCUUUUGAACUUUAAGGAUGCAUUAUGCUUCUGUAUGAAGGCAUUGGACAUUCACAGACAGCAGUUGGGGCAGAAUUCGGUGGAGGUUGCACAUGACAGGAGGCUUCUUGCUGUUAUUUAUACUGGGUUGGAGGAGCAUGAGAAGGCCUUGGAGCAAAAUGAGUUGUCACAAAGGGUUUUGAAGAAUUGGGGUCUUAGUUCUGAUUUGCUUCGUGCAGAGAUUGAUGCUGCUAAUAUGCAGAUUGCACUGGGAAAGUUUGAUGAGGCUAUUGAUACUUUGAAGCUUGUUGUUCAGCAAACAGACAAGGAGAGUGAGACUAGGGCACUGGUGUUUAUCUCGAUGGGAAAAGCCUUAUGUAAUCAGGAAAAAUUUGCCGAUGCAAAGAGAUGUUUGGAGAUUUCUUGUGGAAUUCUUGACAAGAAAGAGACAGUCUCCCCGGUAGAUGUUGCUGAGGCAUACUCAGAGAUAUCAAUGCAAUACGAAUCUAUGAAUGAGUUUGAGACUGCAAUUUCACUGUUAAAGAGAACAUUGGCUUUGCUUGAGAAGCUCCCACAAGAACAGCACUCCGAGGGGAGUGUUUCGGCUAGAAUAGGGUGGUUACUUCUGUUGACGGGAAAGGUCUCACAGGCUGUUCCUUACUUGGAGAGUGCAGCUGAGAGGUUGAAAGAGAGCUUUGGUCCCAAGCAUUUUGGUGUGGGCUAUAUAUACAAUAACUUGGGGGCAGCAUAUUUGGAACUAGACAGACCUCAGUCAGCUGCUCAGAUGUUUGCUGUUGCGAAGGACAUCAUGGAUUUUUCGCUUGGCCCCCAUCAUGCAGAUUCAAUUGAGUCAUGCCAGAACCUCUCAAAAGCAUAUGAUGCCAUGAAAAGCUAUGCCCUUGCAAUCCAAUUCCAGCAGCAAGUAGUUGAUGCUUGGGAAAGCCAUGGACCAAGUGCUCAAGACGAACUCAAAGAAGCACACCGAGUUCUCGAACAAUUGAAGAAAAAAGCCCGUGGCACAUUUGCAAAUGAUGAGCAUACUACAAAGGCCUUGCCCUUACCCCAAACUCAUCCAUCUGCCAGGAGUUCAUAAGCCUUUCGCCUGUGAAUUAGAAUUGAUUGGACAUAAUUUAGAAGAUGCUCAAAUUAAUUGAUCCAUUGCAUAAGAACAUUGCAAGGAUUGGUUAGCUUCAUCGAAUGGUGGGGGUCUCUGGUUGCUGGUUUUAAUUUUUUGGUUGUGUUACGUAG